AUUAGGUUAUCUAUAAUGGAGAGUUCCCAUUUGUGGUCUUACCAGUUGAUCGAUUGGGAGAACAAAAAAAAAACAAAAACAAACUGCAAACGCAUGAAAGAUGUCAAUGACUUAAAUAAUACGAUAGCCAUGCGAGAGGGAAUGGCAGGCUCUGCGAGGAGGUGGUCAGUGAUGACAAUCCCGCAGCUCCUGCUCUUGUUCCUGAUAAAAUGCUCCGGAGCGCAAGGCUUCAGCCUACAAAAACGAGAGCUCCGGGAGAGGUUUAUGACAGGCAACAAAAGUUUUGAGUGUUCGCCCUCGACGGGCUGUUUCCAAUGUGCUUAUUCCGAGAAGAUUGAUGAAAAGUACCAUUGUAGUGAAACUGGCCAUAGAAUGUCUUACAAAUGCAUAGAAGUCCGAAAUAACUUCAAGGAAGUCAACAAGGAACAAGUUGGAAAGGAUAGUUACAGCAUGAAAGAUGAGCAUCGGGAAGGAAUUACUAGUGGAUAUAAAGAUGUAAAAUUACAAAAUCCACAAACUCAAAACACGGAGGGUCAAUCCAAUGAUACUAGAAACAAAGAUGGAAACUGGAGAAGAUUAUCUGAAACUUCACGUACUAUAGAAGAUACCAAGCAGAUUUAUUAUAUUUAUAGGAGCUGUGUACCACCAGCAUCUGAAGAAAUUUUAGGCAUUUUUGGUUUUGAGGGAAGAGGCUGGGAUUGUGUAGAAACACUACAAAAUGGAGUUCUUUGCAAAGUAUGUAAACUUGUUUUAAAUGAAAAUAAAUAUAUUCAGGCCGUCAUAUAUAUUGAAUCUGGUGCUAAGGAGAAAUUGUGGUCCAAGUUAAAGUGGUUUUUAAGAAAAAGCUCCAAGAAGCUGUGCAGAUGUGUCACUAUUCUGUGAUAUU